GCUUCGGCACACAAGCCUCUAAUUUUUUAGCCUUAAUGCUUCGUUUUCACCUUAUUUGAUUUUUACUUAAUCACAAUGGAAGACCUCGAGAAUCCAAUAGACGACCCAAAUCAGCCUACGGUAACGGAGGAGUUACUACAAAUCGUAGAGGAAUUUGCAGACUACAUUGACAAGUUUAUGUUCGAGAUCGUCACUUUUCUAGCCGUUAUAGAUUCAUCGAUGGGUCUCAUUAAAGAUGUGUUAGGAAUGUUCGGCUUUGCUGGUUGGAAAAUGACAUUUUUUCCUUCCUUCUCGUUCGUGGUUACUAUCGGGGUGUUCUUAUUUGGUACUAAUAAAAGAAAAGGAAAGCGGAAAGCAGAGGCUGCGCAGCUUGAGGGACUAGGAGAAGCCAUGGAGAUGAUUGAAGAUGUUUUCGAGGUGAUGGAUGAUGUUAUGGAUGCAGUAGAAGAAGUUGAAGGCGAAGCGGGAACAUUAGGCCUAGGGGACUACAGCGAAAGUGAAGACGAUGACGAUGAUGAUAACGGUGGUCAAAAUGCUAUCGAGGCUGAAACCAAUGGUGUUGAUGAAACCUCGGAAAAGGACGACGCGGUUGACAAAAUUGAUGUGGUUACAGAUGAAAAUAACCAAGAUAUUUCUCAGCAAGAUGUUAAAGCUGAGGUUGAGCCUCGCGAGAGUGCUUUGCGCAAAGUCAUUGGAAUAGCCAUAAUAGCAGCAAGGAUUGCCUCAAAAGUGACAAAGAAAAGGCAACAGGACCAAGAAGACGGGCAAAAAGAAGAAAGUGUAAAUCUCGAAGGAAAAACGGGUGAUUGUGGGACAGAAAAUGAAAAUGAUGGCGAGUCUAUGACAGGUACAAAUGAACCCCCUACGGAUAAUAAAUCAAAACAAUUAAACAAUACAUGCAAUCAGAGUGUACUUGGAGGACUUACACUAGGGGAAGACGGAACUGAGCUUAAGAAUGAAGCAUCUGGGUUAGUGGAAGUUGUGAAAGAAGACAGUAUAAAAGCUGCAGAACUCGUUAGAGUAAAUUCUCUUGGUGCAAGCAAUGUUGUACAAGGCAGCACAAAACAGGUAUUAACGUCAACUGGCGCAUUGAAAGUUGGUCACGGUUCGUACAGGGAAGCGGACUUUAUAACAGGACACUUAAACAAGGAAGGAAAAGCCAUAGCAAAAUCAGUUGAGAAAGAUACAAUAGAAAAAACAAGACUGCUUAAAGAUAACGAAAUUGUUAAGGCAUCUGGAGUAGACAAAGCAAGCACUGCCGUAUCUAGAGAAGCUACUUUUAUUGCAGGCAAUUUGAAUCAAGAAGCCAAAACAACUCUCCAUAAUGAUAAGCAAGGAGAAAUUAGAGUAAAGAGAAAUCCCAACACAUCAGAAGCUAAGGUAACUGGAGAUAAGAGUGGCUUGAGUUCAAGCCAACAAGGCAACAAGGAAGUUCACACAAGUUCUAAGACUCGGAACGUCCAUCAGGCAUCAACGAAACACUCGCCGGAUGAGGUCGCAAGGCAGGAAAGAGAAACCAAAGAAAAAACAAACACAGUGUCUGUGACAGAUAUAUCAAAACAACGACAACAAAAAGAAAAAACAGAUUCAGAAGGAGACCUCCCUUAUGAAGCACAUCCCGCAGAAAACGUACAACAAAGUUUUCAGGAUAUAUCAAAAAUAGGAGAUAUUUGUGAGGAAAAACAAGAUAUUGAAAAGGGAAGAAAGAAAGUGGGGACAGAAACGUCUAAGUCACGAGGUAAUCAAGACCCUGAGCGCUUGAUUACGACACACGAGGUGUUACCAGAGAACACUGCGGUCAAAGGAGAAAAGAAAACUAAACAAGCGAGUGAAACAGAAGAAAGUCAAGACCCUGAGCGCUUGAUACCUGAACCUCUGCCAGGAGUACCAGACAUGGCGAGUAAUGUGACGGAAGGAGCGCCUACUGCUGCGGGAGGAGCGUCCGCCGCUGCUUCCCAGGCAAAGCAAGGCUUAAAACAAACAGGGAAAAAGUCUAAGGGUCUUCUUCAAAUCGCCAUGAGACUAGUUCGCCUGAUUAUGAGAGUUACUAAGCGUGGAAACUCGGCUUCUAGUUCACGAGACUCGUCUCGAAGGGGCAGCACUGCAAGUGGGACAGGAUCCCUUGGUGGUGAACCGGCAAAGGCGAAAAGAUCUGCUAGUGGGGGAGGAGACGGGAGUGCCCCUGACAUUGCUGGUGCUGCCUCCGCGUCUAUGGCGAUGGGCAGCGGUGGAGCAAAAGGUGGAAAAAUUGGUGCAAUUGUAGGCAUUGUCGUGCGAGUCGUUCGAUUAGCUAGUAAACUAAAAGGAGGCCAGAAAGAUCCGUCUAACUCUGACCUACGCUCUUCCAAAGAAUCCAUUGACCUAGAAUCGGAUUCGGAGUUUUUUGACUGUGGCGAAGAAUUUCCGACUCAAGAAAUUCAAACUCAGACUGAAGAUCGACUUUCUCUGUUGUCAAUGGCAACGCAAACAACACAAACGGACGCUGGCAGCACAUGGACUGUGUCAGCACGUGAUUCAGGGGACCUAAUAGACAUGCGCAGUGAUGAGAGUGAAAAUAAUUUGAGGAGAUACGUGCAUGCCUUUCAGGCUGAUGCCGCUGUACAAAGGGAGGGGUCUCUAACAGGAAGUCAAACUAACAGACAUGAAGAUACGUAUCAAGGCGGUAGCAAUGAUAUGCCAAGUCAUGAUCAGGCUGCAAAUGGCAAAAAUCAUAAUGUCCGAGUAAAUCAAACUCGACAAUUAGAUAAUAUGGUGCAAAGUUAUCAUGUUAACAGAGAUAUUCCAACUUCGUUUUCCAGGGACCAAAAGGGGACACAUCUAGAGGAGCUUGAAGGUGAUGAUAGAGAACGUACCACGAGAAGGAACUCGACUGGUUCGUUACAGAAAAUCACUUUGAAAAUAUUAAGUCCCAAUGUUGAUCCCUCCUCUCCUGAAGCUAAAAAUAAUCCGGACUUAAACUCAGUACUUUUAGAUAUUGAUGCUCCCGUAGUGCUACAUUACAUACGAGAUUUUAGGCCUUCGCCGAAUGACGUGAACAUAGUUGCCAAUGGCAACCAACAAAUCAUUGAAAAACAAACUUUAAAAGAUGAAGGAAGAAGGACUCAGCAGAGAGACGUUUCAAAAGAUGAGUUCUCUGUACGUCAAGGAAAUCUAUAUAAGUCUUCUUCAGUCGAUCUAGAUGAGUUGGAAAAACAAACUCAUGAGAGUCGAUCAUCAACCCUGUAUGACUCAGGCACAGACAUUUCUGAUAUGAGCUUAUCUAGACACGGGACUAUUGUACCUUAUUCUAGUUCAUCUGAGGAUUUACAUGAAUCUACACCGAUUUUACCACGUAGACGUCCUACCGUUGUGCGCUUUGAGGACGAGUGUGAAUACUCAUAUACCUACGACGAGAAUGAACCUGUUGCCUCUUAUCGCGAAAAGAAGAAAAAAAACCUUUUAAGUCGAAAUAAAAACCAACAAGGAAAAUCUAGCGGUUUAAAGAAGUAUAGCAGCCUCGAAAAAUUAGAUUACAGAUUUCCUGAAGACCGGGAUAAGAGUGACUAUGAGCCAUCGGCCGUAUGUGUCAGCGGUUGUGACCAAGAAUCGACACGCCUUCUGCCCGAGUACGAAAAGCCAUCGAUAGAACCAAGUAAUAUAUUCGCUGCGCGAAAAUCUAGACUUAGUGGCAGCCAAACGAGCUAUUUUGGAGACGACGAAUGGGACAAACCUGAAGCAUUGUGUUGAGUGAUCUGUCGACAGAUUGAGAGAGCUAGUAUAUAAACUAUCAAAACAGCAACCAUGCAAAUUCUGUCCAAUCAGAAUAAAGUGCCUAUCUAUGACGAUGUAAUAAUGCACUACGAGAGAUAAAAUAAUUUUGCUAUUUCAUCGACUUUAAGAACUUAGAUUCAGACAUGUAAUUUCACUGCAAGGAAUAAAAAUAUGAGCUCGACCGGGGUCAACAAAACAAGAUGUCCACCAAUCACGGACCAGCAAAUGCCUGGGCCGAUGACUAUGACCAGCUUUGCAGCCCUAUGUCAACAAAAUAAAAAAAAUAUGUUAUAAGAUAGAAGAAACUAAUGAGAAAUCUUUUAUUAAAUACCACAAACACCGCGAUGGUGUAAGCCGGUAAAGUCA